AUGGACGAAGAAGGUGAAGAAAUCCAGCCCCAAGAGCAGAGCUGCUGGGCCACUCUGCCAGAUGUGUGCCUGCGACGUAUCUUCUGGUGGCUGGGAGACAGGGACAGGUCCAGAGCUGCCCUGGUCUGCAGAAAGUGGAACCAGAUAAUGUACUCAGCUGACCUCUGGCGAUACAGGACCAUCACAUUCAGCGGGAGGCCAUCUAGGGUACACGCAUCCGAGUUUGAGUCAGCGCUCUGGUAUGUUAAGAAAUUCGGCCGCUACCUGGAACACUUGGAAAUCAAGUUCCUGAACCCUUACAAUGCCGUCUUGACCAAGAAGUUCCAGGUCACCAUGCGAGGCCUCCUGUCAUGCCUCGGCAAGAGUAACAACCGUCUGAAGUCACUCUCUAUCCAGCACCUGGAGCUGGACCGAAUGGUCUGGAGAAACAGCAUCAGAGGCUCGCUCAUCAAGAGCCUGAGUUUUUUCUUAAAGAAAAUGGGCAAACACCUGGACCAUCUUAGCUUGAAAGGAGCCCGGCUAACAGUGGAGCAAGGCUGCCACAUCCUCAACUCCCUGAGCUACCUUCGGAAUGAGAACUUGGCCUCGGAGCUCAACAUCGAGGACUUCUUCAGCCAUCACCUGGCCGUCUAUGGCAGCUCCCAGUUCAACAAGGCCAUGGCCACAUUCCACAACCUGACUUUCCUAACCCUCAACUACAACUGUAUCUCCGAUGAGCUGCUCGAGACCCUGAGUGAGAACAACGCUGGCACCCUCCGGACCAUGAACAUCAAAUGCCACGUUCACGACCCCCAUGGCCAGGUCGUCUGGGGCAUGUCCUGGGCCAAACUGGCCAGGAAGGCCAGCAACCUGAAGGUGAACUUCUUCUUUGAGCGAGUCAUGAAGUAUGAGCGCCUGGUCCGGAUCUUGCUGCAGGAGAUUCCAGUCAGGAGCAUCAGCCUAAGAAGCUGCUAUUUCAGUGACCCAGACUGGUCCAUGCGGCCCACUCUGACAGAUCUCCUGCCUACCUUCCGGAACACACUGCAGAAGCUAACAUUCGAGUUCAACAACAACCACGAGUCGCUAGACGAGCAUCUGCACCUCCUCAUCCUGGCCUGCCGAAAACUGUUUUACUUCAAAAUCUGGGCUUUCCUGGACGUUACGUUUGUGGAGCGGAUCCUCAAGAGCCAGGAGGAGAGGCAGUGCUCCCUGCGCACACUAAAGGUGAGAAUUUAUACAAACCGAUAUGAGACGAAUGAAGAGGACAGGACCCUGCGGGAAAUUUACAGGAAAUACAGAAAGCUGAUCGAUUCAGAACUUAACUAUUUUGUCAUCGCCUACCCCAUGAUGUAGAGAGUGCUUUCCAGAGGAAGACAUCUAGACGCACUUUAACCUGAAAAUGCAGUUCUCAGGGAAUUACAUUUGGGACUCCCAUGCCCUCAUCCCUUUUUCUUCUCUCCUCCUUUGUCAGUUCCACACCCUCAUGAACAGCCUGGCAAAGGCUGGACCUGCUGGUGAUGGCAAGGCCCCAAGCGUCUUUAAAGUGCUAU